AUGGCAGACCUUGAACACAAGCAGGGCAUGGUGUACAUGUAUCUGGUGCACUCUUACAUCAUAAGUGAACUCAGAAAACAGAUGCCAUCCAUGUUUGGCAAGGACAGCAAGAAGAAGGAGCUUAUAAAGAACCUUGACCAGAUCUACAAUGGCAUUCAGCGCGAAUACCAAAUCUCGCCCGGCGACUUCCCGGAUAUCAAUCGCAUGCGAGAACAACUAGAGCACCAUGACUUUACCAAAUUCCACUCCUUCAAGCCGAAGCUGGUUGAAAAUGUGGACAACAUGCUGGCCAAUGACAUAGCGCGUCUCAUGCAGAUGAUACCCCACGAAGAGGCCGAGAUGGCAGAGCAGCCCAGUGUACAAGGCGGAGCUUUCGAGGCGUACAAUGAGAGCCCCUUUGGAAUUGGCCGAGGGGAGGGAGCUGACGCAGGACGAGGUGAAGAGGAAUGGAUCGUGAAUAAAGAACGUCAUGACUAUGAUGACGUAUUCCAACGACUUGGACCCAUCAAUGGAAAAAUCACUGGAGCUGCAGCGAAGUCAGAGAUGGUUAAAUCAAAGCUACCCAACAAUGUUCUUGGGAAGAUCUGGAAGUUGGCAGAUGUGGACAAGGAUGGCAUGUUGGAUGAAGAUGAAUGGGCACUAGCCCAACACUUGAUUUCUAUUAAGAUAGAUGGACAUGAUCUUCCCCCUGAAUUACCAUACCAUUUAAUACCUCCAUCAAAAAGAUGA